CUCUCCUUGCCUCACUCUCUCAUCUCCCCCAUGGCGGACCGUCACCAGCAACUCCAGCCAGCCCAGACCCACCACCAGCAGCAGCACCGAUCACAAAGGUCCUCCCACGGCGGCAGUUUCCUAAGUAAACUCCAAAGCCACGUCCCAAACUCCACGCAGCUCAUCGGACUACUCACCCUCCUCGUCUCUGGCGGCAUUCUCCUACUCCUCACAGGAAUCACCAUCACCGUUACGGUUUUAGGGCUUAUCUUCUUCACUCCUAUCCUCAUCGUUUCCAGCCCCAUAUGGGUCCCACUCGGGACGGUCCUGUUCCUUGCAACGGCCGGGUUCGUGUCCAUGUGCGGCUUCGGCGCCGCCGCCGUGGGCGGGUUGUCGUGGAUGUACAGGUACUUUAAAGGGAUGCACCCGCCCGGUUCGGACCGGGUUGACUACGCUCGGAGCAGGAUUUACGACACGGCUAGCCACGUCAAGGACUAUGCUAAAGAGUAUGGUGGGUAUUUGCAUAGUAAGGUCAAGGAUGCAGCUCCGGGAGCUUAACCGGAGAGCAAACCCGAUCACCUGUGGAACCUGAAGAAAUGUUGGACCGGGUUUUUUUUAAUUUAUUUAUUUACAUUUCGUGUGUUUCUUUUGUUAUUUUUGAGUUUAUAAGGUUUUUACGUUCUUGGCGCCCAAAUUUUGAAGGUUUAUUGAGUACAUGGACAUGGUCUUUGUUUCUGUAAUUGAAUCUGCCUUGCUUUGUCCAUCCAUGGAGAAGGUUGUAACUGUUGGAUGUCCUCAUUUUCUUAGUAUAACAGUAUUCGGAUGCUAAA